AUGCUUGCAGCUGAUGAAUGUAGUUCAGUGGACUUCCCGGAGCCCCCCUACCCAGAGAAGAUCAGCUGCCCCCAGGAGGAAUUCCUGUUGGGGGAGACUGAGGCCGGGGUCCAGGGGGAAGACUCCGAUUUUCAGUACAGACGGUUCAUGGUUUGUUUAGCUGGCAAGCUGUGCCCACACCAGAGAGUAAUUAUGCGAGUUGCUGGAGCAGGCCGAGACUCCACAGGACUUGCAGGGCAGAAAAUGGUUCAGAGGGUUGGAUUCUUUGGAACUCUAGUCUGCGCCUCUAUUCCCAAUCCACUGUUUGACCUGGCAGAUAAAACAUGGUUCCCUUUUGGACCUUCUUUUGGAGCAACGCUAAUUGGGAAAGCCAAAAUACACAUUCAGAAACUGUUUGUGAUCAUAACCUUCAGCAGGCACAUAGUGGAGCAGAUGGUGUCUCUGAUUGGUGCUGUCCCAGGGCUGGGCGCCUCUCUACAGAAGCCCUUCAGGGAGUACUUGGAGGCCCAGAGGGCCAAGAUGCACCACCGCACGGGAGAGGGGACCCCAGCCGUAAGUACCUUGAUGAACUGGCUGUUGUGGGUCUUUGAGAAGGUGAUCGUGGUCAUGGUUUGUUUCUUUGUCUGCUCCAUCGUCAACUCCACAGCCCAGAGCUAUGCCAAGCGCCAGCAGCAGCAGAAGUACUAUGAGGGCAAAACCAAGUGAAGGCGACACAGAGGAGAGCAGCUAGCCUAGCAUACAUUCUGGGCUCUCGCUCAAAUAAUCCCCAUCACAAACGUUCUGCUUCUUCCUCAUUUUUCUCUCUUUACCAAUAAUCUCCAAUGAGACACAAACCGUCAUAAUCUGAAGUAUGGGUGUCCAUGUUAUCGAUUGAUGGACAUCCACCAUGUGAAGUAACCGUUUUCUUUGUUUCUGUAUUGGUACUGAAGUUUAUCCAUUUACCUUGAACUUGGACUUCAUUUAUUUGUUUGCCAGGCUUUUUUAUAGAGAUGAUGGCUCAUAGUUUUUGGUUUCCUUGAGUGAUUGUUAACUAUAAGGUAGGUGCUUGGCAAUUUGGUGUGGUGUGGUGUUGUAUGGAUAGGACAUCCAUUUCAUUGAGCAGCUCUACAGUGACUGUGUGUGGGUGGGUGAGCAGCUCUGCGAGGCCUUAAGUAUUCUUGGGUCCAGCUUCCAGUACUACAACUAUUGGUCUUAUCAUAGAGCCACUUUAUUUACGGGAUCAUGUUUGGCUUGGAUGGAUUUUAUUUUUUCAUUUACAUUUUUUGGGCUGGAUGGGUUUUAUUUGACUAAGGUUAUAUAUUACUUAAGUUCCCCGAGGCCUAAUCAUUUUUUCCCAGUUAAUUUAUUAGGAGUUGUGAUUUUAUUUUUUAUUUUUAUGGUAAGACAAGGUUUUUCAAAAUUCUACUUCUACAAAUCUGCUGUAGAUAGAUCUCAAUCGAUCAAAAUAGGGAGUUGAAGAACCUGUUGUGUAUCUGUAGGCCUACAUACAUACUGCUAUUGAUGUAAUUUGUAUGCUUUAAAAUUCCACAGAGCGAUCACCUUUGGCUCAGACAUUAUAAAUUGUCCAUGAAUCAAUCUGCUGGUCCCUUUGUCUGGAGUUAUUGUUCUACUUCCAAUAAGAGAGCACAUGAGUCAGACCCAGGGCUCCUCAACCAACCAGAUGCACUGAUGGAUUGAAUUAGAUCUGUGUGUGCAACUUUUGUUACUCUUCCUUGUUGAGGCUUUCAUUCGGAUCCCAAGUUGUGUUUGGUGGUAUCUGUUUAGUUCAUAAUAUCUUUUAGGGGUUUAUAAGAUAUUUUGUGCCUGGUUUGAAGCUAGUGGUAAGUGUUCCCUUUGUCUUCAGUGCCUAUAAGCUUGGACGCUCUGCAAGCUCAUGUUCCCCAUUACUCUGGAAGGAAGGAGGAAAGGAAGGGCAGCACUUAAAAAAUGAUGUUAUGCCAUCAAUGUUUCUUUUUUCUGUCUCUUAAGCUCGUUGGAUAACGUCAGCUGGUUCGUGAUCCAAGAUUCCUCUUUUUCUUAAUUGCUUGUGAAAUGUUUUUUUUUUCUGCUCCGUUUUUUUUUUCUGCUCCGUUGCCCUGGUAUGUUGGUUUGUGAGCUCCGGGCAGGCAGGCAGGGUGGGGAAAGAGAGCAAGCAGAGAGAGAGAUCGAGUGCAGUGAAAAGCUUCUGUGGUAUUACCUCGAGUGAACCCUCUUAGGAACUCGCUGCACUGCCCCAGUGACGGAGCCAGGAGACGAAUCAGUCGAGUAGAUUCAAAACAGAGGGGCACUGUUGGACGCCCAGAGCUCACCUCCCUCCGCUCUGCUGCAGCUCUGCUAAUCACACCAUUCAAAUACAGCCUCUCUCUCUCAGGGUAAGUAAUGGAAGGAUUUUUUUCCUUUUCUUUCUUCGUGUUGCGUGUGUCUUAGGCAUGUCCGUCACACUCUCGGCCUGUCAGAUAGCUUAUCAGACUGGUGUUGGCUGUUACAUUGCAAGGCGACAACAGUCUGUAGGCUGUCUGACAUUUCGGGCUCUUUCAUCUGACCAGCAUCCUGUUUUCUCCUUGUCCGUCUGGUGGUGGUGUUGUCAUUGCUGAAGCAUCGGUUCCUAUUUUGAGCUGCGUGGUCUGAUGUUAUAGUUUCUCUGUUAGCCCCUCUGUUUGUAAAAUGAUGUUUGAGACACAAGUCUGUUGUUUAUUUACUUUUCGAUCGAUAUAUUCUUUAUUGACUUUGUUUAAAGUGGUUAUAUCGCUAUGUCUGUCUGUACAUGAAAAUGUAUUGCCGUGAAUGUGUCCCAUUGGUGUGUGUCUCUCCAUUUUUUACCAGUAUCAUUGCCUUCCUGUUAAAAGGGUGUGUGUUUCCAGGUUUUGGCUCAGUUCCCUUGAUUUCCAGAGAAUCAAGAAAGCACACACCUUAUUGCAAACAUUCUAUUGUGACAUACAGCCAGUGUUUGCUUUGGUACACACCGUCCUCGCCUCAGAUAGGUCCCCCUUCCCCUUUACACUUUCCUCUUUUCUCUCACACUUCUUCCCAGUUUCCACUAUUGCUCAAUAGCUGCAUUUUUUGUCUAAUGUUGCAUUUGAUUGGUACUGUUUUUCUUGUUUUCUGCUUCAGGGUUUGUAUUUACAAUUGUAGAAAAAGCUGAAAUCAUGGCUUGACCAUUAGAUGUUCUUUCUGUGGUCAUAAAUUCGCAGAGCCAAGAUGACUUACAUUUGGAGAAAUUACUUUUGUUUUUCUGGAAUAUGGGGGAAACUUUUUCCUGGUUAUAAAAGCAAAAUCCUUGGAUAACAUUGGAAUGGUCCCGCUGGCUCAGGGAGUAUGUUUUCCUUGGCAGUUUCAGAACGUCCUGUUCCAUAAGGGAGCCCCCUUUUUUUUGUGUCUGUCUGUGUGUGUUUACGUUUCUAUGUGUAAAUGUCUGUGUAAUGGUGGGUGUCUGUUUUUCAAUGUAUAUAUACUGUUUUAGCUGUUUUCUCUUUUAAUAAAGUGAACUGAAAUAAA